AUGCAGGUGGAAUACUGUUUACAUGGAAAUGACCGAAACAAGUCGGGCGUUUUAGAGUGGUUAGAAAUAAUUAGUUUGGGUACGUUGCUGCGCAUGCUAUUGCAUUUUAAAUCCGGAGCUUUCCAGUCGUUUAACAUUCGGCCCGGCCCCUGCCCCGCGCAGCCUCAAUUGCCCGGCGACCGCCGCAGAUUCGCUCAAGUGUUUACAGAUGGCGUCGCCAGCCGGCGCGCCGCGCCCGGCGACCGCCGGAUCAAUGGGCAGCUCAAACUUCGAACCGGCGGCACGCGCGCCGCGCCGCGCCAGCAGAUGCUCUCGAUCCAUUGGCCGGGAGCUCUUCGCCUUCUUUUUGUCCUCUGGCGGCCGGACGACUCGUCUGCGCAGAGUAAUCCCUCCGAGGCUCUAAAAGCACUUUGCGGUCAACGUGCACUUCGAGGGUCGGGAAAAGAAGGAGAAGAGCAUGAAGGAAGAGGAGAAGGAGAAAUUGAAGGAAGAGGAGUAGAGGAAGAACAAGAAGAACGAGGAGAAGAUGAAGGAAGAGGAGGAGGAGAAGAUGAAGAGAACGAGAUGAAUAGGGAGAAGGGGAAGAAGAGGAAGAAGAAUAAGUACUGGGAGGAGAGGAAGAAGAGGAGAUGA